AUGUAUUUCUCUUACUUGUGUGUAUCUUUCUUUCUUUCUUUCUUUCUUUCUUUCUUUCUUUCUUUCAUUCUUUCCAUCUACUUAUCUAUCUUCUUUCUUUCUUUUUUCUCUAAAGAAUGCAUUUUGACCGACCUUAUCUCUGUGAGUGGCUUAUUUCCCGCCUCGAAAGAGACCAACAUAGAUACGCACCUCAUCAGACAGCACCUUCUGCAAGAGACACGACGCGAACUGCGCGAAAUUCUCGAUGGCGUCCCCAUGAUCCGCCGACUUUACAUCAGGCAUUGCUCCCCAAACACACCGGCUGCAUCGAGACAUAUCAUCCCAAAGAAACGCGUUUUCCCACCGAUGGCCUACAUCAAUGUAGAACCGCGCAAGUCGGAGUCGGAUGAAUCGAUCGAUUGCGUCAAAUCGGUCACUUUGUUGGCUGGCCUUAACAAGAACGACCGAUACACAUUCUCCCGGUCGACGGUUUUCUUCCCUCUUCUCAUUCGGACACCCACUCCUCCGGACACCUACUCAUCCGGACACCGCCCCAUCUUUUCUCCUCGUCCUGUGAUUGGCCUUUAUCAUAACUUUUUAUUUUAUCUAUCUCCCACUUCGAUUUCAAUCAUUCCGAACUCCCUUUGCCCUUUGACGUUAUCUCCCUGCGAUUUUUUUUCUUCUUCCAUAUCAAUCGCUUACACGUUAUUUCAUAUUUAUUUCGCCAAAUACCCCUUUUUUUUAUUAUUCGCAGCCGCUCGUGUCUCGGCACCCUCCCGUUUCUCCGCCAGUGCGUUAAUAUCGUUUUGCUUAUCGGCCGUGCGGGAUACUUUCCAUAUCUAUCUAUCUAUCUAUCUAUCUAUCUAUCCUUAA